AUGCUUUGCGAUAGAGUUUUAACCAGUAACGCAACAAGCAACAGAGAUUAUAAUCGCAGCCCGCUAAAUAACUUUGAAUACACUCGAGAGAAGGUCUCUAUUUCAUGGGAAAACCUCGAUGUAUUUGUCAAAGUUCCCCAGCCUUCGCUAAGGAAACGUUUGCAUUUAAUAAGUGAAGAACAAGAAAAACCGACAAGGAAGCAAGUCUUGUACAACCGUAAGUACCUCUUUUAUCUUUCUAUUGAAGCUUGUCUUUGCAAAGAACGAAUAGGCUCAUUUCAAUGUUCAAAUUUAAUUCAAAAUUUUUCUUUUUACGAAACUUAUCGCCAUGCCUUAAUAAAGGACACAAACAAACGUCAUGAAUAUGCACUGAUUAGUUCAUAUCCUUUGUUUCAACGGUGUUCUCUAGACCUCGAUAAGAAUGAACGAAGUCUUCAUAGUAAAAUUGUAAAAAUAUAUAUUCUUCUUUAAACUUUGUCUCGACACGGCCCAGUUCAGCUUUGGUUGAAGAAAAAAAAAGUUCGUAUACGAAGCAAUAUUCGAUCGACUAGAAAGCGAAAGUUUGCAAUUCAGCCAAAAAGGAAGUUUAUCUAAGAGGGUUCAGGUCUGCUCUUAGAGAUGCUUAGAGGGUAUAUUAAAUUUCUACUUCCGACGAAUGAAAUCUUAAUUUCGUUACAUCACGGUUACACACUCAACGAAAAAAGAUUUAAACAACGUUUCGAUGUGGCAAUGACAUCAUUAUCAUAUAAAAGAUAAAACUACACCGGACUUAACAGCUUAAGGUGACAAAAUAAAACAUUAAGGUAACAAAGAAACGUGGUAAUAGUAAAACGUAAGGGGUAAAAAUGCUUUACUAAAAAAAUGACAGUGAGCGGGAAAUUUGGUAACACCUUAUUCACUCGAAAAAGAUUCGCGGCGCAUGUUAAAUUCUUAGUUAAAAUCUUGAUGUGGCAUCUUUAUCGACGAAGUGCUUCCUUAUGUAUAAUCGAUAGUAAAAAAAAAAGUAGGUUCAACUAGAGUGUCACUUUCAAAUGGUAAAGUAUCGUCUGACGUCUGCACCCGACAUGUUUACCCCAUAACUACAUGUGUCAUGACUCCAGUCAGUGAUUUAGUAAUGCUCUUCUUUUUUUUUUUUUCAGGGGGGAGGGAGCAGAGAUGUAUGACUAGUGCAGGAGGAUACUAUUAUCUUUCUUUUAAUUACAGUGAGUGGAAGGAUUGACGCUGGCAGUUUAUUAGCAGUCAUGGGGGCGAGGUGA